GGCCAAAAUUGGAAAUGACAUUUUUUUUUUUUUUUUUUUGUGAUGGCCGGGAGAUAUUUGUUCAAGAUAACUCGGUCGAGGCUGGGGACAUCUUUGUGUUUCGAUACGAUGGUGUGAAACUACUAGGGUUAUCAGGUUGUGAUAAGAAGGGUUUCGGACAUUCAACAAAUGAAGAGGGUGAAGCACCAGCGGAGAAAGUGACUCAUGGUCAACCCAUUCAAUGUCCUGUCAGUCCUUAUGGUGAUGACAUAUUCAGAUCAGUUUUGGCUAUACGGCCAAGAAAUCCUUACUUUGUCACUAAAAUUGGGAAAUCGAGGCUGGAUGAUUUGUAUAUCCCCAUAGAGACAAUCAAGGACUUCCAAUUGGACAACCUAUCUGGAGAGAUGUUUCUCAUUGAUCCACAAGACAGAAAAUUUCCAGUGAAGAUUAUAAGAUGGAAGGAUGAGCGGGUGUGGUGCAGCGGAGGCUGGAAAAGUCUCUGUGCAGUGAACUUUGUACGACAAGAAGACACAUGCAUCUGUGAAUUUGUGGAUGGUAGCUUGAGUAUCAAAUUUGUCCGAGGAAAUAUUUGAACGACUUCUGAACAUGUAUUUUGCA